AUGAAGACAGGCACCAUCUUUGUUCUGGUGGCUUUCAUCGUCGGGGGGCUGGAGGUGGCCUGUGUUCCGAGACCUACUUUCAACCGUGAGGCUGCUGAGGGGAUCCUCCCUGAGAGCAGAGAAGAAAUGUGUCUGUAUGACUGUUUAGAAGACAGGGACUGUGGAAGAGGAAGAGAAUGCGUGGAGCGUGGCUGUUCGCGCAUCUGCUCCCCACAGGCUCAAAGAGUAGGUAUCUGUGUGGAGGAAUGCCAAGGAUUCUGGGACUGCCCUCUAGGGAGUUGGUGUGUCAACACUGGAUGUGGCCAUAUCUGUCUACCCUUCAGAAACCUAGAUGAACAGAGACCUGGAACUUGUCCACUGCUGACAAAAAUACCGUUUAGAACUUGUGUUGAAAUGUGCAAAGGGGAUGAAUUAUGUCCCCUGGGACAAAAAUGCUGCAGCAAUGGUUGUGGACACGUUUGCACCCCUGUUCGAGCCGAUCCCUAUUGGGUCUCCAGUCUGGAGGAAGAUGCCCAAAGGAGUGACAACUAGAUCGUGGUUCUUUUCUGGGUACCAAACGCUCCUUUCUUUGAAAUGCUCAUCAUCUUUUCGGAUGAUAAUUGAACCUUGGCCUCCUUCAGUAACUGUUCCCAAACGUCAUCUUUAUUCUAAGAGCUGUGCUUUCUUACUGACCCCAGGAUCACAGGAUGUGGAUCUAAAAUAACUUGGUUUAAGUGCUGAAUUCUGGCAAUUGUUUGAGGAAUCAUGAGGUGACUGCUUUCAAAAUUAUCUUUCUUGUUAAUAAAAUGAUCUCUGUAGCAUU